AUGUUUAAUGAGGGCCUAUUAUUUGAAGGGUUGAAGGACCUCGAUCUCCGUGAGCAGGUCCGCAGACGUGUGUUAUCAGUUCAGGUUAUUAUCCCGAGCAUGGAGACAUUUCAUGAAAACAUGAAGUAUAUAUCGAUUGGGGCCAAGAUCCUAAGAAAAUAUCUGAUGGAAACUCCUAUUCGCAUUCCAGGAGAGCCUAGACAACCCAAGUUAACUGUAUUUGAGAGCCUGGCGAGUUGCUGGUCAGCCGAGACACGAAGCAUCGAGGUCAAAGACGGCGAGAUGUCGAUAAGCCCUGAAGCCCCAAGUGCCUGGUUUGCGUACGAGACAAUAUUCCUGGCUGCCUUAAGGGAUUUUGCGCGUCUUUCCGCCGAGCAUCCGCGCCAGGACGUACGGGGGGAAACUAUGCCUGCGUUUGCGGAAGCAUCUCGCAUUGCUUCUUUGGGGCAACUUGCUCAUCAACUUGGCUUUAAGAAUUCCAAGAUUCAAGAAAUGUUGGCGAACCCAUACGGACAUCCUACUGUUGGCAGUUAUGAAUGCAAGGAUGGCCGGCCCGCUGACUGGAGGGCUGGAAUACCUUUUACAAAAAGCUACUCUCAACUACGAGUGCAUGCAUUCAUCCCAAUGCUAGAUAGUCCCGUGUCAAAAGGUGAUGAUGUGAGCCCACUCUUUGUCAUUCGAGAUACCUUCAAUGCCUUCUUCAGAGGAAGCAUGGCCAUUGCGUAUGGUGGCUUUAUAGAGCCUCUAUCUCUCGACUUUUGGGCUUCAAAUCGACCAUCACGGGAGAACUGUGUGUCUCAAGUCGAGUCUCAAGAUAUUUCAAUGAGUGACUUGGACGAAGAUAUCAUCAUGGGAGAGAACGAAGCAGCCAAUGGCCGGACACGAAAGCACAAACGCCUAUCCACAUUUAACGUCUUGAGACCCAAGUCUUGUCGAAUUGAGAAGAAACAAAAGAAACCCCAGGCAGAUGAAACGAUCAUCAGAUCUUCCAGUCGCUCUCCGCCUCGAAUACCAGAGGUACAGGACGCAGAGCAUGAACCAGUAUUGGAUGCAAUGAACUCGGCUGUCACUGGAAACACUUUAACAGGUACUCUACCUCAUGCCAGAGAAGAACCUGGAUGGACCAUUGUGAGGCAAGAUGACCGCGAUCCUCUGUUGCUGGAUGAGGAAAGAUCACAAGACCAACCUUUGACAAAUGCAGAGAUAACGAGAGAUGCCCAGAUGGACCCUCAGGAAGAGCCCUCCGACAGCAGUCAGACUAUUUUGCGGCAAGAUCACCGUGAUCCCCUGCCUUGCGAUGACCUGGAAAGAACAGAUCAUUUGCAAGAUGUUCUUUUGGCAGAUAAUCAUCUGACUGGAAAUCACCAAGGGCAUUCAAAGACCGAGCAGAUAAGAGAUGCUUCGGAGUCCAACACAAGUGAACCCUCACACCAAGAGAUGACACAAUUCGAGUCUGAGGAGGACCUAUUUGACCUAUCUAACAACAGUGACGCAGGCCCUGAGGAGACGAUAGAGAUCGUAGAUCAAGGCGGCCCAUCACUUACGGGAGAAGAGCAGACAAGGACAAUAGAGAGGCAAGAUCAGCGGAGCCCCCCACCGAUGCACGACAUGGGGGAG